CGUGAACUUCCUCGUGGAGCGUACCUAGCAGGAGCGUAGCACGGCCGUGUAGGAUAUCCAUUGAGUACAUGACGUGCUGAUAUAGUUUUCAGCACCUCCAAGACUUCCUGGCGGUGCUUCUUCCCACCUUACAACAUAGUUAUUAGUAUGUACCGGAUAGCCAUCCUACUGUGUCUGGCGGCGGCCUCCACGCAGGACAUCACCAGCGGCGGCGUGUCCCUGGAGGAGUGCGACCCGGAGAUGUUGGGGUUUGAGCUCAUCACCGGCUAUGUGUUCACCGCCCCUGACGACCUCUUGGACAGUGUUCCUGGCACUCUCAUGCUGACAGACUGUCUAGAGGCCUGCCAGAGCAACGACUCUUGUCACGCCGUCAACUACGAGACAGGCCUGUGUGUGCUCUUCGCUUCCAACGCAGACACUUAUCCAGGAGCGCUGAGUAAAUCCCAGUUCCCCGUGUUCACCAUCUACGCCCAGAAGAGCUGCCUGGGGGUGAAGCCCUGCGAGAGAGCCUGGUGCUUCGACCGUGUACAAGGCUACCGACUCAGUGGAUACGUCAAGAAGACCCAAGCCACCGGGACAAGACAGGACUGUCUCGAACUGUGCCUGGGAGAGCGGGAGUUCACGUGCAGAUCCGCUAACUACAACAACGCCACAGGAGAGUGCGAGUUGUCCGACAUGGACCGUCUGACGGUCGCCGGGUCCGGAGCCUUCGACGCCGCCGCGGGCUACGACUACCUGGAGAACAACUGUGUGGAGGAGCCCGUCAAACUGUGCGAGUUCAAGAAGCUCAGUGGACGGAUCCUCAAGACAGUAGACUCUGUCUACCAAGAGGUCGACUCGGCAGAGGAAUGCAGAGAUCUGUGUCUCAACUCGCCCUACAGAUGUCACUCGUACGACUACGGCGACACUGGCGAGCAAGUGUGUCGACUCAGCCAUCACUCCAGGGCAACGCUCGCCGACAUACAGGACCCAUAUCUGGACGUACCGGAGGCCUCUACCUACGAGCUGAGUGCCUGCUACAACGUCAGCAUCGACUGCAGGUCCGGAGACAUGGUGGCGAGGAUCAAGACCAGCAAGUUGUUCAGUGGCAAGAUCUACGCCAAGGGUAGUCCCAACUCGUGUGUACAAGAUGUGCGAGGAAGCUUGGAGUUUGAGCUGCGCAUGGCUUACGACGACGUCGAGUGCAACGUCAAGCAUCAAGGUUUGGGCAGGUACCUAAACGACGUAGUGAUUCAACACCACGACACUAUAGUGACCAGUUCAGACCUCGGGUUGGCGGUCACUUGCCAGUACGACCUGACCAACAAGAGUGUGAGCAACGAGGUGGACCUUGGAGUACACGGAGACGUGCGGCCAGCCCUCACUGAGGAGGUUAUUGUCGACUCUCCCAACGUGGCGAUGAAGAUCACCGACCGCCACGGAGCUGAGGUUCUGCCCUCGGCCGAGGUAGGAGACCCGCUGGCGCUCAGGUUUGAGAUCAUGGACAAGAACUCCCCGUACGAGAUCUUCGUGCGAGAGUUGGUCGCCAUGGACGGCGUGGACUCCAGCGAGAUCGUGCUCAUUGACUCGGACGGCUGCCCUACAGACCACUUCAUCAUGGGCCCUCUCUACAAGUCGGUCGAUACUGGCAAGGUGCUCCUCUCGUACUUCGACGCAUUCAAAUUCCCGUCCUCCGAAGUGGUGCAGUUCCGCGCCCUGGUCACUCCGUGCAUGCCGACCUGCGAACCCGUCCAAUGUGACCAAGAGGACAACAGCGGGGAGCUGAGGAGCGUCCAGUCCUUCGGCAAGCGGCGGCGGCGACGCAGCACUUCGCGAGAGGACCUCCUACUCGUGCAGUCCAUCCAGAUCACGGACAAGUUCGGGUUCAACCGUAACAAGUCUGUGGGUGCGGCGCGGUACGGUGACGAGAUGAGCUCGAUAUACCUGGAGGGCGACCAUGACAGUUUGUGUAUAAGCUUCAUCGGCGUGGUGAUCGCCGGUGUUGUCUUCCUCGCGGUGCAACUGGCGGUCAUCGUCGCCUGGACGUGCGUCUGGCAGCGCAAGAGCUACAAGAACACGCCCUAUCUAUCCGAGGGACUCAACCUCAGUGCUUCUCGCACGGACAGCCUCUGCAAACUGUACGACACGGGGUAUGCCAGGAGGUUCUGAAGAUGCCAUCCAGUGCUCAAUGGUUCGUCUUAGCAGCCAGACGACUCGUGGUGAUCUGUGUGUUCAUAGGAAAUUCUAAAAUACCAAAUUGCCCGGUAACUUUUGUUAUAGCUCGAAGUAAGAGUUUUAAAGUUACAUUAACAGAUUAUUGCGAACAUUAUUCCAUCGCAAACAAAGCAUUACGUAUCUGGAAUUUGACCCCGUCCAAUAUUUAAAUCUUUAACAAGAACAGUACACAAAUUCAGCUGAAGUAGGAAAAACUAUGAACCACCCUCAGAAUAGUGCAGAAGGCAUUGUGUUAUCGUGUUCUUCCAGCCUCGGCUAGUUUUGUAAACUAAUCUUGUAAUUCUUUUCUCACCUCAGGACGGGGUCAGGUUCUAUAUCACAAAACGUAGUUAAAACUUUGUUUUUUACUUAGAAAACGUCCGCAAUAAUCUGUUGGACUUUCCAACACCAAAAAUGAACUCCAAACAAGGAGUUUUAAACACGUUGACCUUUUUAAAAAUUUAAACAAAAAUUCUAUAAAAUUUUACAUAAAAAGCGUAUUCUACCUGGAUGAUUUUUAUCUAUUACAAACUGUUAACGACAUCCACGAAAGUUUUACAGUGUUAGCUAUAGGAUCACCAAUGACUUGUCUAGCCGCUGGGGCUUACCCUUCUUGUGAUGAUCCGCCUAGUGUAGAAUUCCCACCCUCACCUCUCUACAUGUUUUAUUUUAUACUUUAGCGAUAAUUAACUAAAUGAGUCACAAUCUUGAAAUAACAUGAAGAGACUCGUUUUAGGUUAAAAGAUGCUCGGUGUACUAUCCGAGAGUUCAACCACAGACAAACGUCAUUUAACUGUCCAUCUACAAAGUGAACAAAGGUGCUUUAUUCCUUGUGGAUUGUAUCCGUCCUAGUUCAUCAUAGUUUUUAACCGUGGCAAUAAAUCAACUUUGCCACAGUUAAAAAUACAAAAUGUCUGUGGUAAGACUUUCAGCCGGUAAACCGACUCAUUGUUUAAGUUUGCUGUACAAAUAGAGCUUCGUUAGUUGUAAGUUAACCGUUGAGUCUAGUACGAUCGUGAUAAUACUCACAUUACCAAGAUAAUCCGUCGCUACCGAGGUGACAGACACGGGAAAAUACUAAAAAAACACACAAAAAUACUUUGUAAAUACCGUUUACAGCCGAGAUUAUUUUGGUAGUCUGAGUAUAAAUUUCCAGUAUGUUUGAUGUUUUACCCCAACGUGUACUUUAAGAUAGAAGAACAAGUGUUCGGAAAAAUACCGGUAAAUUACUUUAGGGAAGCACAAUAUAUCAGCUUUUGGUUCGGUGAAAACACUUACGGUUUUACAAAUCUCAGCUUUCAAAUUGUGUACUAUAUUCGUGUACGACGAGUACAUUUGCGUAUAUUAUAGGGUAAUUAUAAAUGUUGCAAAAUCAAAGAGGAAUUAGUGUAGUUUGUGUAUGACAAAUUGUUUCGUUUAGGAAAUGUAUUAUAAUUCUAUAUUUAUUUCUACGGCUUGACUCUUCUCUAGUGAUAAUUGUGCAAUACACGCUGUUUUCUACUUCCACUGUUGCCAGUAUAACGUGUAUUAUGAGGUGCUAAUCAUAAUGUCUCCACUUUAGUGGUCUUUUUAAAUUUAAGUCGAUUAGUUCGUAAGUAAGCUAGAAACAAGAACGACUUUUGAACCGUAUAUGAAAUCUUUCAGAUAUACUUUAAGAGUUUGUAAUUAAUUUUAAGUACUGCCAUUUAUAGGUUCGAUUCUUGUCCUUGAUUCUACUCGGGUCAUUUAGUAAAUCGUCGAUUACUAGUCUGCGAUUUCCUAAAUCACCCGACAUUGACUAACUCUUAUUAUCGAUUGAGUAUUUAUUUUAUGUUGAGAAAUAUUUAUUGCAUUAUUUAUUUAUAAUGACGUUAGGAUUAAUGUAUAACUUUUCAUUGUACAGCAUUAUUGUCAGUGCUGAGAGCAAAAGUAAAAUA